AUGGAGACUGGCUGCGCCUCUCUGGGUCCGUCGGGCUCUUCGUGUUCCCCGUCAAGCCGCAGGGACGCUGCGUCGCUGACGGAUUUCUUCUUUACGCAGACCUUUCCGCUUUCGCUUCUCUCCAGGGAGUGGCGAGCGGGACGAGGCGACUCGCUGCAGAGUCCCGGUCUACAGACCGCCGGCGAAGGCGCUUGGAAGGCCUCAGGCAGGAGGGUGCGGCCUGCGUCGGCGUCGCCUGCGCCCGCUGCGUCGUUUUAUUCUUCAAGUUCGCCUGUUCAGGCUCCCGCGCUUGGCGGUUCUCCUCUCCCGGCAGCCUGUGUGGAUCUCCAAGUUCGCAGAAAGCUGCUGCGCGCCACGUGCGUUGCGGUGCGAGGCGAAACAGCAGCUGUUGGCGGGUCCGAUGGAGUCAUUCUCUUGCUGAGGCGACCGAGCCCCUGCCUUCCUCUGCUGCCCUUUGCUCGUCUCCACCUUCCGUCCGUUCCUUGUCGCUCUUCUUCUUCCUCUUCUUCUCGGCCUCCAGGCGUGGCGUCUCUGUGUCUGUUCGACGGAGUCGCGCCGGCUCUGUCGGGUUUUUCUCCUCUCCUCUUUAUCGGCACCGACGACGGCCGUGUGUGGCUCUAUCCAGUCGGUCUUCUCCUGCCUUCUCUCUCUCGCUCGCCGCCUCCUGGUAGCCGACUCCCCCGCGCACCGGUCGAGGCCUCCCUCUCGCCUUCGUCGCCGCUCGAGGCGAUUCUAGACGCUGCGCCAGAUUUGUUUUUUCCCCUCUUCUGCUCAGAGCCUGCACAAGCAUCGACUGUCUUCCUCGAAGAGUUCUUCACGACCGGCUUCGACGAGCCGCCACCUGCGCAGGAGGCGCCCGGAGCGCCGCCGGGGGACGAGCGGCGAGUGGUGGCUUCGACGCGCCCUCGCGCAGCGGCGAGCGUCUCGGCCUUGGUCGCGUCUGCCUGUUCAGAGAGCAGCGCCAGUGCAUCUUCAUCUUUUUUCGAAAGGGGCGUUCCUGCUGCAGACUCCGCACGAAACUGCGUCGCGUGCUCUCCGCCAAGGAGCCAAAUCAGCAGGGCGACGGCGCGCACAACGCUUCUCGUUUUCAAAGGCGAGACUUGCGGCAGGCUCUCCCGCGCGCGCAUCGCGCUCUCCUCGGCGUCGCCUGGCUCGUGUGAGGAUGCCUCGGGCUUUUCGCGGGGGGAGCCAGGGCAGGCGCCUCGGCGCAGCGCCGUCCUCUCCCACGGCGGCGUGUCUCUGUGCGUCGCCAUCUUAGAGGAGGAGGCGACGCUUCUCCCCGCCGAGGGCUGCGACGGCGUGCAGCGAUGGUCAGCGGAGGCGCGCGCGGAUCUCAGCCCCGGGGCUGUCUGCAGUCUCGCGCUCGUUCAGGCGGCGUGCGCUCAAGCCGACGGCGGCGGCGCGGGCACGAGGCCGAGGCCGGGCUCCGCAGAGAGGGCGAGGGAGCGACGCGGGGGGGAGGCGCGUCCCGCGGACGGCGCCUUGCCUGCCGAGAACGGCGCGCUGAGGCGAGGCAGCGACCCCUUCGAGACGAGAGACGACCCCUUCGCGCCCGCGCGACGGGAGCUGCCGGCGCCGGAAAGGGAUCUCCUGGUGGUGUCGGGACAGCAGAGAAACCUCGUCGUCUGGGGCGCCUGCGGUCCCAUCCAGCAGGUGCGUGUCCAGCACGUCGGCUCCAAGGCGCACGCGGGCGUCUUCACGGCGAUCCCCGCGCCGCUCUUCUCUCCCGAGGCUGCGCGUGCGCCUGCGCCGCUGUCGGCGGGCGACGAAAGCCGGGCGCCUGCGCCCGCGUCCGCGCCUGCGUCCGCCAGGCCUGGGUCACUUCAGAUGAGUCUGUCGGUGCUGCGGAGCCGCGUCGCGAUCUUCGCGGCUCGCCCCGGAGGUCGGGUCUGGGUGGCUGACUGCGCGUCAGGCAACGUUCAGGCCACGCUGCGCUUAGGGCCGCCUGCGCAGGCGUCCGCUCCCACUGAGGCCGCCGCAGUCGGCGCAGUCAGCGUCUCCUCAGAGCGUCCCGUGCUGCACCGCCUGAGCCACGUGGCGGGCAGCGCGUUCCUCUGCUGGAGCGCCACCCAAGACGCAGGCGGCGCCGGAUCGCCGCUUGGGUCGAGCAUGGCCUUUGCGCGCUCCCCGCCGCCUGCCGCCUCUCCCGCGACGUCUCAGGAGGCCGCCUCCGCGGCCUCGUCCGCGUCGCCGUCCUCGUCGGUCUGCAGCACGCCGACCUCGCUGCGCGGCUGCUCCACGCUGCCGUCGGGCGUAAACGCUUCCCGGCUGCAGCCCCUCGGGGCGCCGGGCUUGGCGCCCGCUGCGGCGGCUGCGGCAGCUGCGGCGGCUGCGGCGGCGGCGAGCUGCGCAGGCGAGGCGCGCGUGGAGGACGCCCGAAAGCCCGCGGCUGGCCGAGCAAGGACGCCGCGCGAGGGGGGUCGGGACGAGGCCGCGAAGGCGACGGGCGCCCUCAAGGAGGAGCCGCAGCCUUCUGUGGAGGCGCAGGGGUCGCGGCGCGUCUUGCUCGCUGACUUCGCCGGCAUUCAAAUUCUGCGCGAGUGGCGGCUACCAGCCGAGGCUCUCCACGCGGCAGUCCACGCAGAGGGGGCGCCGCCGCCGCAGGCGCUGUUCCUUGUAGCUUCUUCUGCGGAGACCACGCCGUCCUCUCAGCCGCUUCCGGCGACAGCGAGGACGACAGCGGGGCGGGAUGGGCCUCCCGUUCGCGCAGCCGAGCGGCUGGCGCCGACCGAGGCGAGGGAGCCUUUCUCUCUGGUGAAUCCGCGCGAGGUCGGAGACGCCGCCAGGGGAGAAGAACGGCCUGCCGACGAGGGAGACCUUCGCGACGGGCGGAAUAACGCAUCGGCAGCUCGUGGCGAAGAGUCGUUUAGUCUCUGCACCCUCGCCUUCUUCACUCAGAGGAAGUCGCUGAUUUCGCAGCUUCUCCCACCACUCACGAGCGCGUUUAUGGGAGGAGACGACGAGAAAGAGAGGAGCACGGGCGCCGCGCAGCUCCAGCCGCUGGCUCGCUGGCUCCUGCCGCUCGCUGAGGCGGCUGAAGAGCACCCCUCUGCGCAGGCGGCGGGCUAUGGCGGUGCCAGCGACGAGGACCCGGAAUUGGGAUCACGAACGUUCGAGCUUCAGGCGCGAAAUAGAGCGUCCGAUUCGCUUUCACCGGACUCUGCGUCGCUGGAAUCUGUGUCUCCGCCGUGUCCAAGUGCCUCGCGAACUCGUGCUUCGUUGUCGUGUCUGUCUUCUUCUCCUCCGCUUGCAUCGGGGAGCGCGUCUUCGUCUUCAGCUGUGUGUCUGUCUGGCCUCCUUUCGUCGUCCGCCGCUUCCUCUUCUCCCUUGUGUUCUCGGGUGUGUCGCACCUCCUCGGGUCCGCUUGAGGCAGCGGAUCUCUGGCUGCUCUCGUUGCGAGGCUGGGCGGAGUCGGCGCUCGCCCUCUGCCUGGCGUACGCCAGCGACGCUGCCUCGCUUUCGGAGGACUGGGGACUGUCUUCUGCUGCGCCGCCGCCGCUCUGGUCGCGGCGCGUCUCUCGAAUGCUCUUUCCUCUCCUCGAGCCGGCCUGCAAGGGCUCCGAGAAGGUCGGAAUUCUCUCGCGUGGGGGAGCUGGAAGAGACCUCGCGACUCUUUUGUCGACGUCCUCCCCAACCUUCUCGUCUCCGUCCUCCUGUUUUCCUUCCUUGUCUGCGAAUCAGAUGGCGACUCAAUCGCGGCCGCCAGCCGGAGAGGCCGCGCUCGCGCCCUCCAAGGCGGAGGCCCGCGACGAAGCGCUCUCGAAGGCCAGCCGGCGCGAGAAGGGCGUUGACGAUCCGGUUUCAGAGACUGCGGCGGCGCGCGCGCGCGAAUUCAUGCGGUUUCUGCUGCCGCUGAUUCGCCUCUCGCUGGCGCUGCUCGGGGACCCCAAAGGCUUCAACGGCCGAAGCGAGGCGCCGCUUGGAGCGGCGCGGAGCGACGAGAGGCACGCGGCGUGGGCUUCGCGGGAAUCAACGAAAGGCGUGGAGGGUGAUGAUCAGGGUCUCAAUAUCUUCGCGAGCAAAGGGCGACCCGAGGCGGCGCAGGUGACGCUCCGCUUCUCGGGGGCCGUCUUCUUUCCUCUCUAUUUUCCGUUCGCUUGCGACGGCACGUUGGCCUCGCCCUGCGGAGGGAGAGAUGGGUCGCGGGGAGUGACUCUCUCGGCAUCGCUAAGCCCGUUCCUGGCUUCGCUGCUCGUCUGCUUCGCCGCGACUGUCGAGGGGCUGGAGGCGCUGGCCUGUGCCGCGGGUGUCUUGGCGGCGUCGCUGCCACUGCGGAACUUCCCCGCCGCGCUGUCGGUUUCCAGUCGGCGGUCACGGCUGCGGCGCGGGCUCCACAAGCAGCCGCGGGAAGAGGCUUCGUCGUCGUCUCCUUCUUCAGCUUCCGCUCUGGAAGCCUCUAGCGCCGCGGAGACGCGUCUCUCGCAGCACAGCCCUGAUCCGCCUUGGCUUUCUGCAUCGUCACAGCUGGGCUCGUUACCUCCUCCCUUGCAAGUCAUUUCUCCUUCUUCUCUCUCGUCGCCUCUCUGCUCGCUGCCGGCUCUGGCUCCUGUCUCCUCGCCGGUUCCCGCUCGCCGUCCCUGGCCUCCGCUUGCGCCCGCGGGAGCCGUCCCCGAGUUUCCCCUACGGCUUUCGCGGGUGAGUCUGCUGCGAAUGGAGAGGCAAGUUAUUCAGUUGCGCUCGUGGCUCCUUCGCCGCCAAGACGUGUGGAUGGGGGUCGGCUUAUAUGCGAAGCCGUACGCGUCCUGUCUCCAGGCCGCGCUGGUCAAGGGGCUCGCGGACCGGCGGCGUCUCCUGGCGGAGGGUCCUCGGCUGCUCGGCGGCGACGGCGCGACCCAGCGACAGCGUCUCCUCGCCUCUCUCCGCGACGCGUCCAUCUUAUGCGUCGCCCCGCUGAGCUUGAUUCGCGCUGACGAGCUUCUGCUCACGCCAGCGGGGACGCGGGCGCCUCCCUCGUCUCCCGUGCCGCGCUCUGAAUCGUCCUGCAUUCGCGUCUCUUCUUCCCCUGCCCGUUCUGGUUCGAUUCCUUCUGCGUCUUCCGCUGCGCCUGUCUCGCUCGGGGCUGCAUGCGCCGCCCCGCCCUGCGCCUCGUCUUCUGCGUCGGCCGCAGUCGCCUCUUCCGCCGCGUGCCCUCCGAGCGCGUCCGGUCGCAUUGCAUGCGAGGCCGCGGGGAGUUCCGCCGAGGCGGAAGGGGCUUGUGCGGCGACGGAGACUCUCGCAAGUGUGGCACCAGCGCCCACGCGGGAGAGCUGUGCGGCGAGCCAGUCCCCCCCCGCGAAGUUCUCUCGAGUCGGAAAUGACGCGCCUAGUCGUCUCACAGACCUCACGGCGUACUCCGCAGGGCCUGCGUUUCCCGCGACGCCGCCCACGGCGUCCUCCACUCCUGCGACGCGCGACUUCGCCGCGGCGAGCGUUUUUUCUCUACCGCCGCAUGUGCCCAGCAAACAGGCAGCCCUUCCCGCGAGCAAGCCUGGCUCUGUCUCCACGGCGUCAUCUCCCUCGCGUGCUGCAAACGCAGCGUCUCUCGCGCGUGUCUCCUCGCCUUCCGCUUGUCCCGACGCGGACGCCUCCGGGGGCGCCGACGCGGGGCGAGAGCGGAGGCUGCGCGUCGACGCCGCGGGCGACAUGCCGAGUGCGCGCCCGCUGCGGCGGGCGCCGGCGGCGAAGGCGAGCGCCUACGCGGCGCCAGGCGAGGCCCCUGGCAAGCCCGAGCCGCGCCGGGCGUGGCUGGCCUUCUCCCUCGCGGUCGCCGCAGGCCCCCGCGCCUCUGCGGACCUCGUCGUGCCUCUCGGCGACGCCCCCUGCCGAGAGGCAGCCGCCGCGGGUGCCGGGCGCGUCUCUUCGCCGACGGCGCAGGCGCUUGAGGGGGGGAGGCGGGGCGGCGUGCUUGUCACGGAGCCCGCCGCCGGUGCCGCGCAGGCAGGACGCGAGGAGGGACACGCAGGGGCGAACGGGGGCGGCCUGAUGCACAGCAUGGCGGCCGCGUCGCACGCCGCGACCAGCGCGCUGCUCGGGGCAGCCAGCGGGCGCUUUCCGCUCGCCGCCGCGCCGUCGCCCUUCGCCGCGAGCAUCUUUGGCGGCUUACGACGCGAGGCGGCGGCGCCGCAAGCGCGCCCGCAGUGGUUUUCCGCGGCGGAUGGGAUCUUCGUCUCGCCUCUGGUUAAGGGUCAAACUGAGGCGGGGGGCCUCGGCGCUGACGCCGUCUCCCCCGCGGACCUGGCCGGCGGGCGCUCCUUCGCCUCGUUUCUGAGAGGCGCCAUGGGGCGAACUGCCCAAGAGAGCAGUGGGAUCGUCCAGCAGUCCGCAGCCUCUGCCUCCGCCUUCUCUGCCUCCGCCUUCUCUCCGCCUCCUCUGCCUCCGCCUUCUCUGCCUCCGCCUCCUCUGCCUCCGCCUUCUCUGCCUCCGCCUCCUCUGCCUCCGCCUCCUCUGCCUCCGCCUCCUCUGCCUCCUCCUCCUCUGCCUCCGCCUCCUCUGCCUCCGCCUCCUCUGCCUCCGCCUCCUCUGCCUCCACAUCGUCUGCCUCCACAUCGUCUGCCUCCGCCGCGCUGUCGCUUCUUCCGGCUCGACCGGCUUCGCCUCCUGUCUCUUCGGGCUCGCCCGCGUCGGCUUUGUCUUCUCCAGCCGUCGCCGCGCCUGCCUCUGGGGCUGCAGCGCCCGCGGCGACGAAGGCAAGUCUCGCCGACGCUGCGCCCGCGGAGGCGCGUCCGCCGGUGA